AGUGCAGGUUCGGUUGCAGCUGUUUUAGAUUAUUGCCGUUUGCUUUAUAGAUGAAGAGAGCUAUCAAUUGUCGCAUCGGUCGCAUCGGAAUAGUCUACUGUUGUCAUGGCUCUGAGUCUGGAUGACAAGUUGCUUGGAGAAAAAACUCAUUACUACUGCAGUAGCAGUGAGGGAGAGGAAGAAUCAGAUUCAGAAAAUUCACCAGUGGAAGCUGAAAUCUUGAAGCAAGAUCAGACUAACACAGAUAUCAACUCAUACCAGGGUACUUGCGUAAAUACAGGACCAAAGGGUGUGAUCCGUGACUGGCGUGAGUUUAAACAGCUUGAAACAGAAAAGAAAGAAGGUCAAGAGGCACAGAAACAAAAGCUUGUGACAAAAUUGUCAUUGACAUGUCGCUCAUAUCUGAAUGAUCAGUCUGAAAAGACAAAGGAUGAAACCUUUUUGGAAGAAUUAACAGAAAUUGAGGAUGAAUUUCUCCAGCAAUAUCGGGAACGCAGAAUGGAAGAGAUGAGGAAAAUAUUUGAGAACAGGCCAAAGUUUGGAAAAGUCAUUCCUUUAUCAGCGGGUGAAUUACUGACUGCUGUAGAUAAUGAGAAGUCACAAGUGACAGUCAUCAUUCUUAUUUAUGAAGAAAAUUCUCCAGCUUGUGAAGCAAUGAAUGGUUGUUUGAUGUGCCUAGCACAAGAGUAUCCAAGUGUUAAGUUCUGCAAAAUUCAGGCUUCAGCUGCCACCCUGAGUGGAAACUUUGCAGCCAAUGGCGUUCCAGCACUCUUGAUAUACAGAAACAAAGAAUUGAUAGGAAACUACAUCCGACUGUCAGAUGAAUUUGGAGAGGAUUUUUUUGCUUCGGAUAUAGAGAGCUUUUUGCAAGAACACGGUAUGCUUCCAGCUGAAGAAAUAUUAGGUGGCGUUCGGGAUAAAAUUACUGGGGAACUCUGCUUACCUUUGUCACAAGGCAAUGACAGUGGCAGUGACUUUGAGAUUGAUUGAUUUUGCCCAAGUAAAAUAUUUGUUUGUUAGAGGUCUAACUCUAGAAAAGCAUUCACCAGGCAAACAUUCUUUGGUAAGAUUAUGUGAUUUGAAUUUUAGCAGAUGCCAAUUUCAUAUCAUUUAUAAACACCAUUGCUAGAAUUGAUUUGAGCUUCAUAGGUAUAUUUCCAAAUGAUACAUGACAAGAGGAAUAUACUUUCGACCGGCACAUAUUAUGUAAACCAUUUUUGGUACAAUAGGUAUAAAACGCAGUGAUUAAAUAGUGAUUUGUUAUGAAUCAGAAAAUUGCCAACCAAAAGUAUUUAAUCAAUUUGUUAUGGCCUUAUAAUAACAUGAACAAAAUGUUGUAGAAAUGUGCAAACACUGUGCGAAGUAGUUGUUGUUCAACAUCGUUGAUAGUAUGUGGUUUGUAAUGCUCCCAUGCUAUGUUUCCAAAGUUUAUUAGGCAUGUCAGACACGCAGAAGAAAUUACACAUCUUGUUGGCAUAUCUGCCAUACUUUUGGAAGUUCAGGAAGAGGCAAUAAUGGCGCAGCGUUAAUUGUUGUUCUCAGACAAGUAUAUUUUCAUGAGGAUUAGUUUUGUGACAUUCAAAAUUGAAAGUUCAUAUUUUGUGAAAUGAUUAGAAACAAUGUAACAAAUAAGGCAAUCUCAGAAGCAAUUAGGUACAGAGUGAAAACUGUGUGAAGACAACUUGACUGAAAUAUUGCAUGUAAUGCCUGAUGAAGGAGCAAGUAAAUACUCUUAAACGUUGUGUUCCUCAUAAUAAAGAAGUUGACAUCCGUA